AUGUCCUCCGAGCAUUAUGGGGAAUCUGGAACACUGCAUCGAUGGGAGAAGGAGAAGAAUACAACGACAUCACUGUUCCAUCAAAGGCUGUCGUUGCAACAGGUGCUGCGUGUCCUUGUGGUGUUAUGGCUACUGCUGCCCAUUCCAAACCCAUUUCUCUGCUGUGCUGCAGCUGCUGGCACAAAUGGUAUUUUGACAACCAUUACCGGUUGCUUUCCUAAUAUGGUGGUCUCCCCUCAGCCAAACAACACAAAACUGCGAAGUGGACAAUGCCAAUGUUCUAAGUACCUUGACUCUUAG